UAUAACGGUGACGCCAAUGUUACAGUAAAAAAAAAACAACCUCAAUGUUAUAAUGUGUCUAUUAUAAUGUAUUUAAUUCAAUGCAUUGCUUACAUUACCCUCCAGAAAACAUCCUUUUUGAUAUUUGAGCUGUCUUGGGUUUGUCUAUUUUUGUCACAAGUGCUAGGUCCACAUUAGGCCACACUGUUGGCUCGACGAACACUCGUAAUCGACAUUUGAAAGUCAUUUAGAAGGGAAUGGUUAAGUGAUUCUACACCCAGUCUUUCAGGUUUCUACUUCCCUUUCCUGUCAUGGACCUGUAUGAGAUCAGAGGAGGCAGCCUGGAUGUGAUCACAGAGGAAGCCCUCAGCAAAGAUGAGACUGAGGAGAAUGAGAUUAGCAUUACCCAGAAUAAAUUGCAAGAGAAGGUUGUGGAGAUGGAGAAUUUUGCGGGGCAUCUGGAGGAAAUCUUCCUCACUGUAGAGGAGAACUUUGGACGUCAGGAGCAGCACUUAGAACAGCACUACAAUGACGUGCUACAGACAUUGUCUCAGCGGUAUGAUGAGAGGGCAGCUGAGCUGGAGGAGGAGAAGAAGGGCAAGUUGGAAGCCCUGUACAACCAGCUGCUGGGAUGUGGCCGGACACUGGAUGCCUCCAAGGAGCUAAUUGAGACUGCUCAAGAGAUCUACCGCAGCCAGGACAAGAGACUUUUUCUAAGGGCAGUUAUGCCCACAGUUAAGAGAAUUGAGGAGUUUGCUAAAGAGAAGAUUGACCUCACACUGUCAACAUCCCUUGAGUUUAAUACACCUCUUGCUGACUUAUCAGAUGUCAAAACCAUGAUGGACUCCAUCAACAUUGUUCCAGCCCCAUCUGCCCCAGUGAUCAAUCCCCAGAUUCCCAAUUCUGCCACACAGACAUCUUUGCGUGUGUGCUGGAGCCUGUUUUCAGAUGAUACAGUGGAGUACUACGAACUCUACUACAGGCCCGUGCUGGAGGACACACCAGCAGACAGCAUCUGUGGACCGGAUGUGUCCAAGGUAAAGGCGAAGGAGACCCACUGCACCGUGACAGAUCUGCUGCCCAACGCUCAGUAUGAGCUCUGGGUGACAGCGACCAACACCACAGGCAUCAGCCCAGCGAGUGAGAAGGCCCUAUACAUGACGGUGCCCUCACCUCCCAUAAUAAAGCAGAGGGAGUGCACCAGCUGUCCGGAAGCUGCUCUGAUUCGCUGGGAAUCUGGAAAUACCAAUCCUGUCGACUCUUACACAGUGGAGCUCAGUGAGAUGGAUACAGGUGCUGGACAGAGCAGUAUUACCGAGUCCAUAGUAGCUGUGCCCACCUGUCAAUGUCUGAUCCAACUGCAGACAGGAAAACGCUAUCUCAUCUCUGUCAGAGCAGUCAACAUCGGUGGGCCCAGCGACAGGAGUGAAGCCUUUGUAAUCUCCACAACAGGUACAUUUUUCCAUCUUCUGGAGGAUACAGCCCAUCCAUGCCUGUCUAUCUCUGAAGAUGGCUUCACCAUGUUUUAUGGGGAUGAGGAGCUGCCGCUAAGUGCUAUGGCCUUUGAUGACAACACCUUUGCCAGAUGUGUAGCUGUGCUGGGGGAUUUGAUACCAGUGCGAGGCAGACAUUACUGGGAGGUGGAGGUGGACAAUGACACCGAGUUCAGGAUCGGAGUUGCAUAUGAGGACACCCAAAGGAACUCGUAUCUUGGAGCAAACACCUCCUCAUGGUGCAUGAGACACAUCCUCACUCCUUCCAGGCACAAGUACGAGUUUCUGCAUAACGGUUGGAGCCCUGACCUUAGAAUCACAGUGAACCCAGUGCGGAUUGGAGUGGCACUGGACUAUGAGAGGGGGACGCUGUCCUUCUUCAAUGUCAAUCUACAACAACACCUUUACACCUUCCACUGUCACUUCCAAAAUUAUGUGCAUCCCUGCUUUGCCUUGGACAACCCAGGAGCUCUCACUGUGCACAAUGGCAUAGAAACUCCAGAGUACAUGCUUAUCUGACAAGUAAUGGUUGUAUUCCAGA